AUGAGCGGGGUGCCGGCCAGGUCGCUUGCGGCUCUAAAUGCUCUUAGGUGCCAAGUGUUUGGCACAUCAUACAAUCCUAACAAUAUAAGAACUGGUGCUAAGUAUCUUAAAAAGUCGCUCGUGGGCAGUUCUAUGCUGAACUACUACCCACCGCAGUUGCAUCUCUCAUCGCUUUCCAUUGAGGGCGAAAACUUUGCAAAGCUGAUCCACCCCAAUGAGUCUCAGCGAUGGAAAGACGUGGCAAGAAAGCGCCUCAUUGGAAAGGGUCCACCAAAGAAGGGUGACGGUCGUCGUGCUACGAUGAAAGGCAAAAAGAAGUAA